ACAUCGAAACGUUUUCUAUACCGCACCAGAGUGACAGGGAAUAGUCUGGAAUUUCUAUACACAUUCAUUCUUCUGUGUGCAUUUACCAUGGAAUUAAAAAUAGUGGUAAAAUAUGACUACGAAAGCGGUCGCUUCCAGACCAGCUAUGAGACUAGCGACAACGUAGAGCUCGUCCCAGGAUCCCUUCGCAACCCGACGCGGUCGCACGAGAUAGGGGUCAUCGGGGUCGUUCGUCGAGCAGUCACCGUAGGCGUAGGACCCGUCAGCGUUCUCCGAGUAGCUCCCCCCCGGUUUAGCCGACGCAGGAGGGGUCCUGCUCCUCAGCGGUCUCCGGGAAGCACCCGCCCAGACGUAACCAGCGCAGCCGCAGGACCUAUCGCUCCCGGAGCAUGAGAGCGCGUGCCGCGCCGCCACCACCAGGCGAGGUCCAACAGGAGCCGUCAACGGAGCAAGCCCAUCGGCGAAUCGAACGGCUAAUGAUGUUCGUUCUAUAUAUACACCAGACUAAUUAUCUGAAGGAGACUUAUGAAAUGCCAUAGUUUUGCAUUUUAGAAAGAACGUAUUUCCCUGAAGGGAAAUCUUACCAAGAAGCAGAAGCGAUUAAAUUAUAGAUCGAUUUUCAUUGUCAUUUAUAUCAAAUUGAGUCACAUUUGUCUUCG